GACGUGGAACGCGGUGUGUAACGUGUCCGACGCGGCUGUUCGAUCGUGGGAAACACCGCUUGCGGCAUCGACGUAAUCGCGAGGCGUCGCAACGACUGCGGUAGACGUGUAGGCGGUUUCGCUGACCUUUGAUACGCGCAACGAAGAAUAGUAUGUAUAAAGAAGUUCAUCACCAAGAAAUCAAACACGAGUGCUCGCGGUCGGGAGGUCUUCACGCUUAUCCCGAUCACUUCAGGGAACCUCACCUUUAAAACCACCGCUGAAUUCAUGAUUAUCUGAAGAUUUCUCGUGUCCUCUGGUAGGACUUUGUAUAUAGUGUACAUAGGAAGCUUGCCCCUACAACAAGAAACAAAAAACCAAAAAAAAAAAAAGUAAGGAAAUUCGGACGAGCGAGUACUUCGUAUACUUGUCACGCGGAGAGAAAUCAGAGCUGGAAGCGUCUCUCGUCCAAGAAUCUCGCACCCUGUCCUUCACACAAAGCCGACAACAACGCGCACCUUUUAACAGCACGCAGUAGCAGUAAUAAAGGGGAGAAAUAAUAGAAACCGGAGAUAUAGAAAGCAUAGCGGAGAAAUCAUGAAGCAAGUAACGGAGGAUUUUUCGAUCGGCUUGAAGUUGCUCACCGCUGGCACCGCGGCCUGCAUCGCCGAUUUAGCUACCUUUCCGUUGGACACCGCCAAAGUCCGAAUGCAGAUCGCCGGUGAGGGUCAAGCCCUAUUGCUGGCGUCAGCGGAAGGCUCGGUUCUUGCGGUAAGAGCAAGCCAGCCGGGAUUGUUGCAGACCAUCGGCAACAUCGUCAGAUUCGAAGGCGCAGGGAGCCUGUACGGAGGUCUGUCCGCGGGACUCCAGAGACAGAUGUGUUUCGCCGGCAUACGGUUGGGCCUCUACGACAGCGUGAAGUCACUCUACGCUGGAAUCUUCGACGGUAAUAGAAGUUCCACAUCGAUAAACAUCGGCGUGCGCGUCGCCGCGGGGAUCACAACGGGCGCUUUGGCGGUGUUGCUCGCUCAACCGACUGACGUCGUCAAGGUCCGUCUGCAAGCUGGAAAUAAUGGACGAUCAUCGGUGAGGUACAGCUCCACUCUGCAGGCGUACAAGAAUAUUGCCAAUGUGGAAGGCGCGAAAGGUCUCUGGAAAGGAACCAUGCCGAACAUCUCGCGAAACGCCAUCGUGAACGUGGCGGAGAUCGUCUGCUACGACAUCAUCAAGGAUCUCAUCCUGGCCAGCGGCUAUCUCCGCGACGGCGUGCCCUGCCACUUCACUGCCGCGACAGUCGCGGGACUCUGCACCACUCUGGCAGCGAGUCCUGUGGACGUCGUGAAGACGCGCUACAUGAACAGCGCCCCCGGAGAGUACAAGGGCGCGAUCGACUGCGCCGUCCGCAUGUUUGUUCAGGAGGGCCCGUCCGCCUUUUACAAGGGCUUCGUGCCGAGUUUCUCGCGCCUGGUAUCCUGGAACAUCGUACUAUGGGUGACUUACGAACAGAUCAAGCUGCAGAUGAAGAAGUUACACGGCAUCGAGUAAAAGUUCCUCGGAGUCUACCGACUCAAAAUAUAUUCCCGCGCAAAAAGAUUCACUGUUUCAUUAGAAGAAAUCGCUUAGACAAAAAAAAAAAAAAAAAAAAA